GAUGCGGCAAUUUCCUUUUAUAAAUGAACUUGAUUAGAAAUUAAUUAAUUAUUCUCUUAUCACAUGUUUGGUGGAUGAAAGAGUGAAUAAAAGAAAAAGAUAUUAAGGACUAUUUAAAAUUUAAAAAAAAAACUAGGAACUAAAUGAGACAAACUUAAAAAAUAGGGGAACCAAGUGAUGGAUUUUGCAUUAGAAAAAGAAAAAAAAGAAAAGGGGGAUACUACGAGUAGUCAAAAUACCCACAUGAAAGGUACUAUCUUACACCAGGCCAUUAUUAUACCCUCCAGAUUUUGGCCAACCUUUCGGCUUUUCUGCUUUUUCAAAUAUGUUGUACCCUCCCCUUCUCUCUCUCUCACACCAAUACCAGUGUACUCCUGCUACUACUACCCCUUUUCCUUACCUAUAUUCAAAGCAUUACUCUCCACCGCCACGUGUACGGUCCAACUCUCUUCUCAACCCAUCACCACCGCCACCUCCUCCCCCACCACCUUAAAAAUGACCCAAAUCAAAUCAAACCAAAAACCCAAAAAAAGGAAAAGAAAUUGCACUUCUCAAGUUUUGAAAACCCAUUUUAAGGGCAAUAUGGUCUUUUUAGCAAAGGUGAGAAGAAAGGACAUUUUUGGCAACUUUGGCUUGAUAAGAAAGUUGAGAAAAAAGGAAAUCUAUUUCUGCCUUUUCCACUAACAACAACAACAACAUUACUGAGUAACAAAAACAGCAGAGAUAGAGAGAGAAAAGCAAGAAAGCCAUAGCUUCACCAGGAAAUCGGUUUCUCACCCUUCUUUGAAGCGGUUUCACGACAAGUUUCGACCAUGGCAGAAACCGGUAUUGCCCGGUUUCAAGGCAGUUUAGACCCAAGAGCCCAAGAAUUCAGACCAAGAAACAACAGCCUUCACCUUAAUACGCCAACCUUAAUCCACCAUCAUCAUCAGCAGCAGCAGCAGCAGCAGCAGCAGUUACACAUCUUUACGCCCCCGCCACCACCUCCACCUCCACCACCAGCACAGCAACUUUAUUACCCGUACGCUCCUCCUCCUUCGCUCGGGUUUCCUCAAUACCAACUUGCACCACCACAACCACAAGCGUACAUUAGCACAACAGUACCCUCACUGCCACCACAGUCCGCAGCCCCAACGCGAACGCUGGUUUUAAGUUCAGUGCCAACGGAAGUGAGCGAGUCUGUAAUUAGACGAGAAUUAGAAGUGUUUGGGGAAGUAAGAGGUGUACAAAUGGAAAGGAUUUCUGAUGGAAUCGUGACCGUUCAUUUUUAUGAUCUUAGACAUGCAGAGAUUGCCUUAGUGGAAAUUAGAGAGAAACAUAUGCAGCAGCAAUCCAGACUUCGAAACCUUUUUGCUGCUUUAGACCAAAAUAACUUCCUUGCACCACCAUCUUUACCUCCAUCACCAGCGGCAGCGGCGGCGGCGCGUGGGUUCAUUGCUGGGUGUGCUGUUUGGGCUCAGUUCGUAAUACCAUCUUGUAACGCUGUUCCUGAUGGUCAUAACCAUGGGACUAUUGUUGUUUUCAAUUUAGACCCAAAUGUUUCUACUUCUUCUCUCAAAGAAAUAUUCCAAGCUUUUGGUGCUGUUAAAGAAUUGAGAGAGACACCAUUAAAGAAGCAACAAAGGUUUGUGGAGUUUUAUGAUAUAAGAGAUGCAGCUAAAGCUCUUAAAGAAAUGAAUGGUAAAGAAAUUCACGGGAAGCAAGUUGUCAUUGAGUUUAGUCGUCCAGGUGGUUUUGGUAGGAAGUUCUUCAAUGGCAGUAGUACUUCUAAGGCCUCGUCUUUCCACAACGCAAUCAAUAUUAAUCCAAAAAUUUCAAGAUAUGCACCCCCACCGCCUCCGCCGCCGCCACCAGUGCGUCCUAAUAUUUCUCCGCGCCCAUUUCUUGCACAAACUCACUCUUCCUCCGUCAAAAGAUCCUCGAAUUCCAUCAAAGGAAACCCUAACGAGAAUAGUAAUAGCAACAAGGGUUCAAUUGGAUGUUUGCCGAUGAGUGAUGGUGAUGGAAUUGUAGAUGGAAUGAGCAAGAAGGUUGCUGAUGGGCAUGCUUCAAAGAGAAAUAAUAACAAUAUUAAUAAUAAUAAUGCAAAGAAAAGCCAAAACAAUGAGUCUAGCGCCACUAUUAGUACUACUACAAAACAUCAAAAUAGAAGCAGGCCAUGGAAGAGUAGACCGGCAAAGAAGUUUGAUACUCGUUUUCUCAUAAAUGAAGAUGCUAUGGUUGAUUCAAAUUGCAGUGAUUCUAGGACCACUGUCAUGAUCAAGAACAUACCCAACAAGUACAGUCAGAAGUUACUAUUGAACAUGCUAGACAACCACUGCAUUCACUGCAAUGAGCAGAUUAUUGCCGAGGGCGGCGGCGGCGAUGACCAGCCAUUGUCUUCUUAUGAUUUCGUCUAUCUUCCCAUUGAUUUCAAUAACAAGUGCAAUGUGGGAUAUGGGUUCGUCAACAUGACAUCCUCACAGGCAACAUUGAGGCUCUAUAAGGCAUUUCAUCAUCAACAUUGGGAAGUCUUUAAUUCCAGGAAAAUCUGUGAAGUUACUUAUGCAAGAGUUCAGGGAUUGGAAGCAUUAAGAGAGCACUUCAAGAACUCCAAGUUUCCAUGCGAGAUGGACCACUAUUUGCCAGUAGUGUUUUCUCCUCCACGAGAUGGAAAGCAACUACCUGAGCCACUACCCAUCGUUGGCCAUGGCCAGAAGCAACCACAGUCACUAAUCAUUCUUGGUCUCCACAUGAAACGCACCAACAGUAGUGGUGAGACUGACGAAGAAGAUCGAGAAGAAGUAGAAGAUCAAGAAGAAGAAGAAAAUCUGAAUCAGAGCAGCAGCAAUAACAGCAGCCAAAACGGCUGCGAUAUCGGUUAUGAUGACAAAGACAGUAGUAGUGGCAGCCUGGCCUAAAAACCAAAGAAACAAGGGUUAGUAGCGUAGUGGGUCUGUCUAAAAUGUUGGGUUUCUGAUUCUCUUUGGAACUGGGAAUAUAUGAAUAUACACCAUAUAUCAUAAAUAUUAAGUGCAAACCAAGAACCUUGCCUGCUAUGAACAACUGUACCCACCCAAUCAGGUGUUCUUGUUGAGCUCCGAGCCUCCAUAUAUAGCCCCACCUCACUGCUAACUCACUCGCCACAGCCUAAGGCUCUCCCUGUCAUUCUCAGUUCAGCUUGCCUGAAACAUGAUCUGACCUUGACCACCAUCACCUCCAUUAACUCUCUGUCUCUCUCUCUCUCCUUUCUCUUUGUAUCUUUUGUAUUUUAGUUUAGCAAAGAAAUUGUAAAACAACUUAAUUUUCAUGUUUUCUUUUCUCCGGGCUGGUUAUGCAAAGUUUGUACUGUUGCUUGUAAAAUGAAAUCUUUAGUUUUUGUAAUUGUUUUUUUCUUUUGGAAAAAAGAAAAAGAAAAAAAAAAAAACAAGAAUCUUUAUAUGUUUUUAAGUUUUAAUUUAUGAUGUCUUAUAUUUUAAUUCAUGAGUAUCCAUUCAUGUGCAUGAAUUUCUUCUGCCUGUUUUAGAACGUUGAGAGAAGAGAGGGAUGAAUCAUCAGAUAAA